CUAAUUUGGCCCGAUUUAUCUAUCAGUAUUCGGGCCUCUAGUCCACUGAUAUUAAUACCAAAACCCUAGCUUUCAAUCUUCAUCUUCUUCCAACCUAAAUCCUCCAACUGAAAUACCUAGCAGCGGUAGCCGCCUCUUGCUCCGUUUUAAAAUUCUUGUUUUCAGGAAGUAAGCAAACAUGGCGUAUGCAGCGAUGAAGCCUACGAAGCCUGGUUUGGAGGAUGCACAAGAGCAGAUCCACAAGAUUAGGAUCACUCUUUCGUCGAAGAACGUGAAGAACCUCGAAAAGGUUUGUGCUGAUUUGGUUCGUGGUGCCAAAGACAAGAGACUGAGGGUUAAGGGACCCGUGAGGAUGCCAACAAAAGUCCUGCACAUCACCACCCGGAAAUCUCCCUGCGGUGAAGGUACCAACACAUGGGACAGAUUUGAGCUUCGUGUCCACAAGCGGGUCAUCGACCUCUUUAGCUCUGCUGACGUUGUUAAGCAGAUCACGUCUAUCACCAUUGAACCGGGUGUUGAGGUUGAAGUCACAAUUGCUGAUUGAUGUGUUCCAUAUUUCUGAAGUUCUUAAAUCCACUCGUAGUUAUCUAGAGUUUUAUGUACUGUGUGUGCCUGCCCUGUUUCAAUCUCAAAUGUUAAGGUUAAUGCGUUAUCCAUUUUUGUCAUGAUUUUGAAGUUUAUAACUUAUUCUGGGAGCAAAAUUUUUGUCUACUGUCAUUUCGUUGAUUUCUUUGGAUUUUUUUUUACUUAGAUGAAAAGUUAGAAUAUAAUUCCAUGAGCUGUAUUCUGCUUUUACGUUCCUUAUGUUUCAAUGUUAACCGUUGGAUUUAUUUUGAUAGCCAAUAUUAUUAACACUAAAUGAAGUUGCGGGUCCAAGUAAAGGCCAGAUUUGUUA